UCGCACACAUCAGAAUGGUGACCCACAAUUUUUUUCAAAUUAAACAGAAACAAAACGAUGUGGUCCCUAAAAAAAGUCCUAAAAUUCAAAAUAAAACUACUUAUUUUAGUGUUGAUACUCUAUAUGGUGUUUUGUGUGGAUAGUUACGAGUUUUCGUUGAAGAAACGUGUAAAGAGGAAAGUGUUGUUUACGAAAAGUAGUAAGUUCUUUUUUAGAUUAAAUGGGAAAGAUAAUAUUUUGAAUUACACAACUUUGUUGGCUCACGGCUGGGGUUUUCGGAUAAGCUAUGAUUUACCGUCUAGCUUAAAUCAAAGAUUGCGUUUCUUUAAGAGAGAUGUACAUUCAGACAUAGAGAAUAUAAAUAAUCCAAUUGUAUCGAAAUUGGUCUAUUGUGUAUUGGCGCAAGUGUGUUCAAUUGUCUCACAAUCGUUCCUUGCCGAGAAUUGCGGAAUAUUCUGUGAAAUCGCAAAAAUAAUAGCCAGCGCCAGGGGUAUCGAAGCGAACUUUUUCAAAAGUUUAGCCGACAAGUGCCAACUCUAUCAGGAAAGGUGUCCGCAGACCGAUCUGGGCUCAUCCAUCUUUGGUUUUGGAUAGCGAAUUGAGGAAGAAGAAGAGUAAGCAAGGGAAAAGU